GGAAAGGAGAAAACACACACAAACAAAUACAAAACGCGUUUCUUCUCUUCUCUACUCUCAGAAUCGCGUUUCUUCUUCUCUUCUCACAAUUCACAAACAAAUUGCAAGCUUAUGUUCUCCUCUUCUCACAACAAACAAACAAACCUCUCCUUCUUCCACUCUCAGCAGUCAGCAGCAUCAUUUUCUCUCUUCACUCCUUCUUCAAAUCUAGUUGCUGCCAGGUAUGGGGAAGGGCUUUCUGUCAUCUGGUGCAAGUUUUUGGGUGUGCUGUUUCUUAGUUCUGUUUUGGUGGGGGCUGUUAAGUGUUGUUUUCGUCCUGCCUGCAGAAUUUUGUUUUGGUGCAGCUAAGUGGUAGUGUCGCUGAAGAGAUAUCAUUUUAUUAACUGAGAAUACAGCAAUUGUAUUUUCAAAUGGCACUGGUUGUAAUCUGUGGUCAACCAUGCAGUGGAAAAUCCAAAGCUGCAUUAGCUCUAGUUGAAGCUCUUAAAGAACCAUCAGAAUUGAAAUAUCAAGUGAGAAUCAUAGAUGAAGCUUGUUUUCAUCUCGAUCGAAAUCAAAGUUACGCGAAUAUGCCAUCAGAGAAGAAUUUAAGAGGGGUUCUUAGGUCAGAAGUUGAUAGGUCUCUGUCAAAAGAUACUGUUAUUAUCGUUGAUUCUUUGAAUAACAUUAAGGGUUACCGAUACGAGCUAUGGUGUUUGGCUCGUGCUGCGGGGAUUAGAUAUUGUGUUGUUUACUGUGAUGUUGAGGAUAAUGAUUGUAGAAAAUGGAAUCAAGAGCGAAGGGAGAAAGGCGGAGAUAAUUAUGAUGAUGCAAUAUUUGAAGAUUUGGUAAGGAGAUUUGAGAAACCGGAGAGAAGAAACCGAUGGGAUUCACCUUUGUUUGAGUUGAAAUCAUCAUCGUCGUCUUCUUUGUCUGAUUCUGCUUCUGUUGUAGAUGAUGCUGUCUCUUACAUAACCAAAAAAGUGGACUCAAAAACCCGCGAUGUGAAGAUACUGCAACCAACUAUUGCGACUCAAACUUCACGUUUUUCAGAUGCGAAUUCUCUAUAUGAGCUGGAUAAAGCAACACAAGAAGUUACUAAUGCUAUAGCAGAAGCGCAAUCUCGUGAUCUUGGUAUGCUACCAGCUAAUGGCAUUUCUAUAGGGAAAGACUUGCCGCCAAUCAACCUUUCAAGAUCAGUUGGGUUGCCAGAGCUUCGUAGGCUGCGACGUACGUUCAUGAAAUUGACAGGGCAAACAAGUUUGAGUGGGAGACCUCCUCCUUCUAAUUCAGAUAGUGCUAAAAGAAUGUUUAUUGAUUACUUGAACAGGGAACUUGGAACUUCAUGAAGAAAAGUUUCUUAUAACUGAUUUUAUCUGUGUGCUUGAUUAAUUAAAUACUGAGAUAUUUUAUAUUUACUUAGACCAUUGUUGUUGAAUAAGUUGCUUUUUCACCCUCUUUAAGUUUUAUUCUAAUACUAUUUUAUUGUCUUUCCCGAAUCCAACCUGUGAUGUAAAGAUGAUAAUAACACUUAGUUCCUCUCACAUCUGAACAUGUCUUCACUUAUUAACAUCUUGUGGUUUGUCCUUGAGAAAGAUGAGUUGAUAUGAAUGAUGAUUAAGUUAUAUA